AUGACAAAACUCGAAGAGAUAUGUAUUACCUUCUCACUAACACUUUUACUAUGCUUAUCAGUCGGAGGUGCCCUUAACACAGACCAGAAAUGGGCUGGUGGAAACCAUUUUGGUUACCAGGGAGGGUUCUGUUUUCCCGGUCUCUGCGUUGGAGGAACUGGUGGUAGCAGAGUCAACUUCGGCACGGGCGGUGGCGGUUAUAGACAGACCAUGUAUUGCAAACCGCUAACAUGUUAUGGUGGCUCAUGUGAUGCACUCCAUUUGCAUUUAGACAAGGGACUGUAUGAAUCUCUCGUAAGCAACAAUGCGGCAAAACACCCAUCAACUGUUGGUUACAACAUCCCAGAGACCUUCAAAGACAGUGUCAACAGAAACUAUGAGUUCAAGGAAGUGAAAGACGCUGCAAUGGCACCACAGUCGUCUAACUAG